AUGCACAUCUCGGCUUUGAAUUGUACAGAUUUGGCCACAACACUCCGUAUUAGUGAGAUCAACAAUCGUUCAUGUCAAGAGGUGAAAGUCGAAGGCCCCAGCGAAGUCGACUCCAAGGUUGAGGACUUUGGUUUCGAGUCGUCGUUUAUCGUUAUCCAGUGGACCAUGCAACAAGCGAACACAACUGGUUAA